CCCAUUUGUGAUUUAGAAAAUUCGAAAGCGAUACGCGAAGCAUAGACGAAUCCUAGCUUCCUAUGGAGCCCAUUCUCCCCUAAUUCCCGUUCUUACGGUUCCGAUUUUAUGAUUUUGGAAAUCCAAGCGAUGGCGAAGAGGGACAAGCGAAAAGCCAAAGCCGAUCGAGAAGAAGAAGUGACGAAUGAAGAAAAGGGAGUAAUAGCGGUGAGCAUAAGUGAGGAGGACGACGACCCGAAGGCUAACGAGGAUCUGAGCCUGAAGAUCGUGAAGAAGGCUGUCCUGAUAAGCGCGACAAGGUCGAACAGCGAUGCUGAUUUAGUCGGAGAUAGUAUUGUGGGGGAUCUGUCUACGUCCUCUUCACGGGUUGCUGAGGCUGUUAUUGCGAAUACCAGUGGAACUGGUAGUGGCAGCGAGGCUGUAGUUGAUGUGAAGCGUAAGAAGAUAAAGAAGACCAAGAAAUCUUCUGGGGAGCAAUCCGUAAGCGCCAUAAACGAAGAGGUGAAGGUUGUAAUGGUUGAAGAAGUGAAGAAGGCGGGGAUGGUUGAAGCCACAGAGAUGCUUGAGCCGUUGGAUCCAGAUGCAGUCAGGAUUUCUGACAACAGUGUGCUGCGAAAGCUUCUUCGAGGGCCGAGAUAUUUUGAUACCCCAGAUGAGAGUUGGGGGGUGUGCUAUAAUUGUGGUGAAGAAGGUCAUAUGAUGGUGAACUGCACAUCCGCUAAGCGGAAGAAGCCAUGCUUUGUUUGUGGAUGUCUAGGCCAUGGUGCUAAGCAAUGCUCGAAGGCACAAGAUUGCUUUAUUUGCAAACAAAGUGGCCAUCGUGCCAAAGAUUGUCCUGAGAAAUACAAAUUUGGUGCACGGAGUUCUAAAAUAUGUAUGAAGUGUGGAACUUCUGGGCAUGAUAUGUUUUUAUGUGAGGGUGAAUAUUCCAACGAUGAUCUCAAGGGAAUACAAUGUUAUGUCUGCAAGAAUUUUGGCCAUUUAUGUUGCGUUAACUAUGUAGAUACUGGCCGAAGAGAACAAUCAUGUUAUAAAUGUGGUCGGCUGGGCCACACCGGUUUGGCAUGUGCAAGGUUGCGUCAGGAAGCAACUGGUGAAGCCUCGCCUAGUUCAUGCUACAGGUGUGGGAAAGAAGGACACUUUGCUCGUGAAUGCACUUAUUCUGCUAAGGUUAAUAGGAGGAAUCGUGAUUCAGCAGCCCCUGAUCAAAGAUUCUGUAUAGAAUACAAGAAUAACCGAGGGAACAGCUCUGCAUCCAAAAUUCUUGACAAGGCUCAUAAAAAGAGGAGAUCCCACCAUGAAGAAAGAAGCUUUGCAACACCACAGAAAUCAAAACAGAGAGGUGGCUGGAUGACAGAACGUCCUGGGGACUCCUCACGAGGGGAGUCCCGAAAGAAUCAUUGGGGGUCUCCAGGUACUCCAUCUAUCAAGGGUCAUAAGAUUUCUUCUAUGGCUUCAGGCAGUCACAAUUCUAGUUCACAAUCAUAUAAAAAAAUGCACAAGGUUUGCUAUGAAACCCUAGUAUCAAAUGGAUCAGUUAAAGCCGUUCCGCAUAGAUAUUCGGCAUCAAGGUUUGGUGACUUCAUUGAUGAUGGAGUUGGGAGAAAUCAUGAUUGGUGGUAGGUCUUUUGUGAUACGAGAUUUGUUUCUCAUGUUGUAAUAGUUGGAUCUUGAAAUUUUGGCUGCAUGAACCAUUGAAUUUCAAGAGACCAGUGCUAAGGAGUUUAGAGAUUUUCUUGGUAGUUUAGAAGAGGAGACACAGAUAAGGAGCAGAAAAUUAGAGAGGAAGAUGAUGAUGCCUAACUGGAGAUCAUCUGGUCCCCUAGGGGUGGCAAAAUGGUUCUGGAUCUGAGUUCGAAAUUGAAACACCAUGUUGAAACCCAGCCACAGAGGAGGCUCAAGUGUAUGAUGGAGCAAAAAAAUAAACUAAUUUAUUUUUUUCCUGAUUCCCAAAAACUCUUUGAAAAUUCCAUGUUGAUGUGGCAUAUAGAAGUUAGAUGUCAUAUAACAGGAGCAAUAUGUCGUCAUUUAUUUAUUAAUUUAUUUUGUGAGCUUCAUAGCA